AUGUCUAAAAGUCCUAGCGUUGCAGCGGGUGGACAGGGACGCUCUGCGGUCUCGCGCCCUCUGCUCCAGGCUGCUGUGGCUCUGGGGAUGAUGGUCUGGGACAGGACAGCUGGGUACACGUUGGCUCUGGGACAGCACAAGGCGGCAAAAGAUCCAGAACCGGACAGAGCGCUGGAGGCCAAGCUCGGCCCAGGAGCGAGCGGAUUAUUUUGUCGGACCACAAUCCAUGAUGACGUACUCCAGCACGAGAAGGGUGACUUAAAUAAAUUCAAGGAAGUAAAAGAACGCCUCUUGAAGCUCUUCUCAGCCAAACCUGACAUGCCUGAAACCCACCCCGACCGCUGUCUCACCUGUGCAGUGGUGGGCAACUCCGGGAAUCUGAAGGGAUCUCACAACGGACCUCGUAUAGAUGCUCAUCAGUUUGUAAUAAGGUAA